CAUCCAUUCCCGCAUUGCAGAAUGACUUUGGGGCCCCCUCGCUAAUUGAUAUCUGUAUUUAAAUUCACGCAACACCUGGGACAGCUGUCUCGUGUAAUGGCUUGACCAACCCCAGAUCGCACAGGAUUUCGGUUAGAGAUAUCGAAAGAAUUGAAUUGAGCUUCUAAUAUACUCUGUUAAAUAUGGCUUCAUCCAAUCCCAUUCCUAGUCCGGCUCCGGAGGCUGCUGCUCCUGGCAAACCCGAGUCAUCUCAGAAUCAUGCCUCUCCGGCUCGUCGUCCGCGGCCUUCGAGGCCCAACUAUCGCCUGAUCCAUCGCUUUCCUUUCCCGGUCGAAGUGCAUCCUCUCCCUCCUCUCAUUCCCCAUAACCCGCUCUCGCUCGUCAGCGUGCUGCUUUCCUACCUGACGUACUUUAUCUCCCCCCCGCAUCAGGAAGUCUACUCUGCCUACUUUGACUCGGCCACCUCCUCGAUUCAUGUCACGGAUCCCAAGGCUAUAAAAGCCCUCUGGGAGAUGGGCUUCUUCGGCAAGGGAACCCUCAGUCGAAGUGAGCCGAGUUGGUUGGAGCGUGAGAAAAAGAGGCGAGGACUACUUGGGGGUAUGACUAGCGAGGAGGUCACACGACAGCGACGGACGGAACGCCGCGAGUUGAAACUGGAGCGGGCGAGGAUGGAAAAGCUUGCCAUCGAGGAGCGACUCAAGGCCGAAGCGGCUGCCAGGGAAGGCGGCGUGAUGCCCACCGAGCAGUCCCCCCUCUCACCAACCCCGAAUGGUGUCACGGAAGGCACAACACCCGUUACGGAGAAGUUCUCCCUGCGGAAAGCUAGGGAAGCCAGGCUCCUUGAGUCACAGCGCGCAGUGUCACAAGACGGCAGUGCACACCCCCUUAACUCCCCCGGGAAACGGACACCUAGUGGCAGCAAGACCGUGCGGUUCUCUCCAGUAGUUCAGGCCAAGGAGUUCGUGUCUGAUUCGGCUAUCUUGAGCUUGCCAGAAACGUCUGUGGAUGGACGGGAGGCCAACGAGGAACCUGUAUUGAACAAUGAAGAGCACCUUCAAUUAUCCACCGAGGAGGCCUUCUUUCUUGUAUACGGGCUUGGCGUCCUGCGGGUUCUAGAUGAUACGCGAACAGAUGCCAUUCCUACCUCUUCCCUACUGCCGUUGUUCUGUCGAAACUCGUACUUCCCCCCUCGGGAUCCGUCGGCAGAUCUAACGCCGGACGAUCCGUUCAUGAUAUCCUAUGUUGUGUACCACCAUUUCCGGUCCUUGGGGUGGGUUGUGCGCUCCGGCGUGAAGUUCGGUGUGGAUUAUAUUCUCUACAACCGUGGACCCGUCUUCUCGCAUGCGGAGUUUGCUGUUGUGGUCGUCCCAUCCUAUGGUCAUUCCUACUGGUCUGAAACGGCAGAACGCAGGGCGCAUUGUGAGGAGAAGAUGGCACGCAGUUGGUGGUGGCUGCAUUGUGUCAACCGGGUCCAGGCACAGGUGAAAAAGAGCUUGGUGGUUUGCUAUGUGGAAGUGCCACCGCCAACCUCCUACGAGCUGGACACUCCCUGCGAGGAGGAUAUCGGAGCUAUGCUGGGUCGGUACCAAGUUCGGGAGAUGGUGAUUCGCAGAUGGGUCCCUAAUCGGACUCGGGACUAGACGACGCAUUCUUUGGCUUUCUGUACUAUACGCAGUGUAUUCCCUGGCGUUGGGUUUUCGGCAAGACACAAUGCACUUCGCUCAUUGUAACCAUGUAACAUUACUCUCGCGAAAUCCCGUGGUGGGAUUGUUGGCCGUGACCUCCCGAUCUGAAAUGCAACACUA